AUGGGAGAGUCUUUUGCCAACCCGUCGUUGAGCACUCUCCCGGAGGAGUUUGAUAUCAUCGUCUGUGGUGGUGGAAGCUGUGGUUGUGUGGUGGCCGGCCGGCUGGCCAACUUGGACCACAACCUCAAGGUCCUCCUCAUCGAGGCUGGUGAGAGCAAUCUCAACAACCCAUGGGUAUACCGGCCGGGUAUCUACCCCCGGAACAUGAAGUUGGACUCGAAGACGGCCUCAUUUUAUGAAUCCCGUCCGUCCAAAUGGCUCGCCGGCCGAAAGGCGGUGGUGCCAUGCGCACACAUUCUCGGCGGUGGCUCGUCGAUCAACUUCAUGAUGUACACUCGCGCCUCGGCCUCGGAUUACGAUGACUUCCAGGCCAAGGGCUGGACCACCAAGGAGCUCCUUCCGCUCAUGAAGAAGCACGAGACGUACCAGCGGGCGUCCCACAACCGCAACAUCCACGGCUACGAGGGCCCCAUCAAGGUCUCGUUCGGCAACUACACAUACCCCAUCAAGGACGACUUCCUCCGGGCCGUCGAAACGCAGGGCAUCCCCGUCGUCGACGACCUGCAGGACCUCGUCACCGCCCACGGCGCCGAGCACUGGCUCAAGUGGAUCAACCGCGACACGGGCCGCAGGAGCGACAGCGCCCACGCCUACAUCCACUCGACCCGCGCCGUGCACCAAAAUCUGUACCUCGCCACCAACACAAAGGUCGAGAAGGUCGUCGUCGAGAACGGCCGCGCCGUCGCCGUCAAGACCGUCCCCACGAAGCCGUGCGGCGGCAUGCGCGAGGGCAAGACGUUCAAGGCCAAGAAGCAGAUCGUCGUGUCCGGCGGCACGCUGUCGUCGCCGCUCAUCCUCCAGCGCUCGGGCAUCGGUGACCCCAAGAAGCUGCGGGCUGCUGGCGUCAAGCCCAUCAUUGACCUGCCUGGUGUCGGUCUCAACUUCCAGGAUCACUACCUCACGUUCUCUACAUACCGCGCGAAGCCUGACGUGGAGAGUUUCGAUGACUUUAUCCGAGGCGACCCAGAAACCCAGAGGAAGGUAUACGAAGAGUGGAACCUCCGUGGCACCGGCCCCCUGGCCACGAACGGCAUCGAGGCGGGCGUCAAGAUCCGGCCGACGGCCGAGGAGCUCAAGGACUUUGAGCGGUGGCCCACGCCGCACUUCAAGGACGGCUGGAAGUCGUACUUUGAGAAGAAGCCCGACAAGCCCGUGAUGCACUACAGCGUCAUCAGCGGCUGGUUCGGCGACCACAUGCUCAUGCCCGCCGGCAAGUUCUUCACCAUGUUCCACUUCCUCGAGUACCCCUUCUCGCGCGGCUCCACGCACAUCAAGAGCCCCGACCCGUACGAGGCCCCUGACUUCGACACGGGCUUCAUGAACGACGAGCGGGAUAUGGUGCCCAUGGUCUGGGGAUACAUCAAGUCGCGUGAGACGGCUCGCCGCAUGGACGCGUACGCUGGUGAGGUUGAGGCUAUGCACCCCUUCUACGACUACGACUCGCCCGCCCGCGCCCACGACAUGGACCUCCUGACGACCAAGGCCUACGCCCUGCCCGGCAACCACUCGGCCGGCCUGGGCCACGGCAGCUGGUCGAGCCCGCUGACCGAGGCGGAGAAGAAGCCCAUCACGACCUACCUCAACUCGCACCACAAGGAGGUCCGCGACGAGCUGCAGUACAGCUCCAAGGACAUCGAGGCCAUCGAGGAGUGGGUCAAGCGCCACGUCGAGAGCACCUGGCACAGCCUGGGCACCUGCUCCAUGGCCCCCAAGGAGGGCAACAGCAUCGUCAAGCACGGCGUGCUCGACGAGCGCCUCAAUGUCCAUGGCGUCCAGGGCCUCAAGGUUGCCGAUCUUUCUAUCUGCCCUGACAACGUUGGCUGCAACACGUAUUCCACUGCCCUUCUCAUCGGUGAGAAGUGUGCCGUCCUCACCGGUGAGGACCUGGGCUACUCCGGCUCCGCUCUUGACAUGAAGGUUCCCGAGUACAACGUCCCCGGCGAGCUGAAGCACCCGCUUCGCCUGUAA